GAGAUGGCGUCAUGAGCUCAGCUGAUAGUGAUUUUUUGUGGUGCAGUUUUGAUUAAAUUUUCACGAUGGCGAAUACAGCUGCAGAAAGGAAGCGCAGGCAGAGAGAGAAGCUGAAAGCUAAAGGAUUAUUCGAAGAAUUUAAAAAAAAGAAUCUGAAAACAGGAAACGCCAACGACGUUUGAUAAAAUAAACAGCAUCGAUUGACGUGCUUAAAGCCUUUCGCGAAAAAACAUCAGAAGAGAUGAAGUAAGAUUAGUGUAGAAGAGAAAGAGAGAAGUAAGAUUAAAGAAAGAAAUGUUAGAAUCCACUGAUACACCUGCUAAAGAUGAGACUCCUACUAAAGCAUUUGCCUCAAAAAGCUCAUAUGGAAAAGCUGUCGCAAAGGUUAAACGGAAUCUGCCAUUCAGUCCUUCGAAGUGUAGAGCAGUUGUGCAUACAUUAGUAAGACAAAUCACUCCUGAAAUAAUAACGCCUAAACACAAAAAAACCGAAGAAAACGAUCUCUGCUGACACAGUUGUAAAGUCAAAAUUUUUUAUGUCCGUGAUGAUAUUAGUCGCCAAAAUCCUGGCAUUAAAGACACAACAAUAGUCCGUCUCGAAGAUGGAAAAAAAGUUAAAAUCCAAAACAGGCAUUUGUUCAGCAAUGCUCUCGAAACAUAUGCUCUGUUUUGUGAUGAAUUCGGAACGAUUAUAGGCAAAAGUAAAUUUGCUGAACUAUGACCAAAACAUGUUCUCCUGAGCUGCCAAACACCUGUAAAUGUUUGCCUUUGCAAGUAUCAUGAAAAUUACAUAUUAGCUGUAAACGCGCUGUCCAAAAAUUGCAAUGACAUACCUGGUUACGACAAAUUUUUUUUGACAUAAACUGCUCAUUGUGAAGCACCAACAACAUCCUGUUGAUAUGUACAUAAAUGUACAAACUGUAAAACUAUGAUGUAAAAAUCUGAAUUAGAAAAAGCUACUUGUUUCAUUAAAGAUAGGGAAAUUAGCUGGUAUGAAUGGAAAGAGGAAAAUGGACGGCUUAGAAAGGUUUUACUAAAAGGUACAGUGUCGUUGCUUUGUGAACAUAUUUCGAAAAUGACUCUACAGUUCCUUAACACAGUUACAUAAAAACGGAACAAGCACAGCAUUACAAUCAGGUUUGCAUUGAUUGUAUGAGCUCAGAAUGCAACUUUGCGCUUCUGCAAGUGGAUUUCGCAGAAAAUUAUACCUGUGUUUCGCACGAUGAAAUUCAAUCGUAUCACUGGGUGCAGCCACAAGUUUCUAUAUUUACUGUGUCUUUGUGGUUUCAUCAAAAAUGGUCAGAUGGUUCAGCUUCACAAUUCAAAAACCGAUUUAUUGCUAACUCUCUUCCAAUUAUGGAAAAGCGAUAUAAUUUGAAAAUGACGUGGAAUUUUUUCGCCACUUGUCAUGGGAAAGGUCCAGUAGACGGAAUCGGAGGUGUCCUUAAACGUCGGGUACUAAAUUUAGUGAUGAGGAGAGAGAAAAUUGUGUCAAAUACACGCAAUUUUUCUGAAGCUGUGAACAAAAACUCAAGGGUACAAAUCAUUUUAAUGAAUGAUGAGACUUUGGUAAAUGCCAUGAAGACCUAGCAUUAAGUACGGUUUUUGAGAAAGCUAUGGCUAUUAAGAACAUUAAAAAAAAGCACAAAUUUUACGUAAAUCAGUUUAAUUACGUCAAAGACCUGCAACUAUCUCGCUUGGAAAAAACAACGUAUGAAGAAGCGUUUUUUGAUGAAUCGGCAGACGAUGAUGAAAGAGAUCUUCUAAUGCCUAAUAAAUCACCAGGCGAAAAAGAAAAUAAUGCUCCAAUAUUAGACGUUGGCCCCAGUGGUUUAGAACUUACUGCUACUAACAUCAGAAAUGGUGUGUUUGUACUGGUACAGUUUGUAUAGUUACGUCACUAUUUGCCAGAGUGAUGUAGAUGAAGAGGGCGAGGUCAAACUUAUGAGCCUAAAAGUAACAAAUAACAAUGCCUUUUUGUUUAAAGCUGAUGAGGAAGACGAAGUCAAACUUAUGAGCCUAAAAGUAACAAAUAACAAUGCCUUUUUGUUUAAAGCUGAUGAGGAAGACAUAUCUUAUGUGUCUUUUGAUGACAUACUGGAGAUAUUACCUAAUCCUAGCCUGAUUAUUAAGGGCAAUAGAGUCUAUUAUAAGUUUCCAAAAAGAAAUCCAAAUAAUUUUUUUUUAGUACAGUCAGUUAAAACUGGGCGAUGUAUUAACUUUGAAUACAUAGUUAGGCUAAAAGUGACAUCUUCUUCCAAGUUGGAUCAAUUGGCUUUAAAUUUCAAGCAACAACUUAUUGAGGAUAAUUAGGAGUUAGAUUUUUUUUAAAUGCCUAUUAUUUUUAUAAAUACACAACUUAAAUUUUUUAUUUAAUUUUUUUGUUACUAUUAUAUCUUGGCCUAUAUAUUAGCUAUUAUAUAUUAGCUGUAUGUCCCAUCACUGGGCACAAGCCUCUUCUUUCACUGAAAGAGGGUAAUGGAGCAAUUAGUCCACUGCUUCAGUGUGUGUGCAUGUGCACUUCACAUCUUCGAAAUAUCACCCCUGGGGAUUACAAUGAAAUUCCUUAUUUCCAAUAACAAGGAACUUCAGUUUUUUACACACACCAUAUGAAACAAAUCAACAAUAAGCUGCUAUUUUACACUGGUAAUCUGUAAGAUGUAAAAUGUUAUGAACAAAUGUUAAAAUCAAAGCUUUUUCAUCUUACCUAUUUGUCCUUCAGACAGAAUAUCCAUUUUAUAGCGCAAAUUGUCUCCACGUCCAACUAAUCCAGUAAAGUUGAGCAUUAAAUUUCUACCUCGACAGAACCUGAGGAAAUAUUAUUCAGUUUGGAUAAAAAUUUAAUCUUUGGGAGCUUUUUAUUUAUUUUAUUUAUUUAUUUAUUGGACAACACAACAGAUUAUAUCAUGACUUAUGUUAUUACAUUAUAUUUAUUUAAUAAUUAUUAUCAUUAUUGUAACACUGUACCUUAAGUAUUUUGAACAUUCCAAAGAGCUAUCAUGUAGAUAUGAAGCUUCACACAUAACUUUUAAUUCAUCUAUUUGUUCCUUGACAUAACCUAAAAAGUUAACAAGAAUAUUAUGAUGAAAUUAAUUUUGUAAUAUGAGCGUCAUAACAAAACCAAACUGAAGUACUAAUUUAUCUUCUCUACAUAGUAUAAAACAAAGUCACUUCCCUCCAUCUGUACACUUAGAUAGUUUGUAGUUUGUAGUGUGACAUAUUUUGAUGCAUUUUUCAUCAAUAGACAGAAUGAUUCAAGAGGAAGGUUUACAAUACAUGCAUAGUAUAUAUUAUAUAAUUCUUCUGUCUCCUCCUAAAUGGCUGGACCGAUUUUGAUGAAAUUUUGUGUGAUUAAGUAGAGAAUGGUUUAGAUUCACAAUUGGACAAGGUAGAGAUGGCUUUGUUGUAGAGAUCCAGAAAUUAACCAUGCGAAGCCAAGGCUGAUAGCUAAUAAACAAUAAACAACUAACAACUACAUAAACUUAUCAAAUGUCAGAAAUCCUACCUGGCAACCACAUUCCAACCUUGGGUCUGGUUGUGUUGUGAUCAUUACAAUGUUUUUGAUACUAUAUUCUAUUUAACCUAACUUUAAUUUUAUAGUACAGUAUAGACUCUCCAUAAUUUGAAACUCAAGGGACCAGAGAAAAAUUCCAAAAUAACAGGAGUUCAGAUAACCAAGAGCCAGGGAUGAGAAAAACAGGUCAACAAGAGUUUUAAUCAAAAUUCAUGAUUUAUUAUUUUAAACAUUAGUACACUUAUUCACAAAUGUUCAUUUUGAAAAGAAGUCUCUUUCAUUUAUGUAAACAAUCGAGAGAUAAAUGCUUCAAAUUAUCAAGAGUAGGGAAGCCCAGACUUCAAAUGAUUGCAUGUUGAUGGGCAAGAUACUAUUCCUCCAACUUCAAAUUACUGAGGGAUCCAAUUAAUAUUGAUAUUAUUCAAUUUAUCACUUAUUUUUCAAGGGACCAGGGAUAAAUUUAAAAUUAAAGAGUAUCAAAUUAUUGAGAGUUGACUUUAUUGAAUAUUCACUUACUUUACAACUAUAUCUGUAACUUAAUUCUAGAGAAAUAUGGCUAGCUUUUAAAUGUUAGAAUGAUCAUUUCUCCAUCAGAAAGAUGGUUUUGUAAUAACUUCACACCAGUUUUAUAUCUCACAUAACAAAUAUAAUCGAGAUAUUCAAAAUAAUAUUAAUGUUGAUUAUUUUCUGAUAAACAAAAUAUGUGAAAAUAUUCUAAAGAACUAGAUACUGGUCGUUGCAC